AUCAUUAGUUCUCAUCUCUUCUCUUUAUAUUUAACUCUCUCUCUCUCUCUCUCUCUCUCUCUCUCUCUCUCCUUUUGGUUAUCUCUCUGUGUAUCUUUUCUCUCUGCUUGGGUUUGGUUUUUUGGCUCUUGGGUUUGUUCCUGAUACAGAGAAAAUAUUCUUUGUGUUAAUUAAAGGGUUCGUAGCUCUUGAAUUGCUUCAAGAAAAAUCAGCCAUGGUGGAUCUUCAAACUGUCUGCUGCAUGUGUGGUGACGUGGGUUUUCCUGACAAGCUCUUCCGCUGCAACAAAUGCCGCAACCGCUUUCAACACUCGUAUUGUAGUAACUUUUAUAGUGAGUACGCGGAGCCAAUUGAACUGUGCGAUUGGUGCCGAAGUGAUCAAGAGAGGAGCACCGCAAGGCACGGUGGCUCUUCCAAGAAAUCGAGCGUGGUUGGGGGAGUUGAGACCGGAGGCGCUUCGAGCAGGUCCGAAUAUUCCGGUGACCACAAGAUCAAGCAACACGAUCAUCAACAACACCGUGAUCAUCAAGACGGUGGCGGCAGCGGCAGCGGGGAGAAGGCUAGUAAGAACAGCGGCGUGCCGUCACCAAGACCCACAGCUCGAAGGUACAAGCUUCUCAAGGAUGUAAUGUGUUAAGACAGCUUAUAAGAUUGUGAGUGUGAUAUCAAAAUAGCUAGCCUUGAUGAUCAGCAGCCUCGUCAAACUAAAAGGGUUUAAGUGUUUAUAGAAGUAGAUUAUGUUAAUUAUAUAUAUAUAUUAUAUAUAACUUGUUUUCCAUAUGGGAAUGGGAGGGAGGUCUAGUGUUUUGUUUUCUUAAUUUGUGGUGUGGUUUUUCAGUAAUUAAGUUAUAAAUAAAAUAACGUAAGCUUUGUUCGGAUCAAUGAAAAGCUUAAUGUCGUGAUAAUUUAUCAAUUAAGGUAGGAUUAUUGAUGCUAAUUAAACUAGUACAGAUUUUGUGAUCUCUUCUUAUCAAUUUGAUUACCCAAAUGUACAAAAAAAAAGGUCGUAGACGACGGAUUUUUACGUAGGGAAGAAGUAUUUGAUUUGUACGUACAAGGAGAGUAGAGUAUUUGAUUUGUGAAAGUGUAGGGUUUGUCUCUGGCACAGCAGGGGGUUCUUGGGGGAGUUAGAAAAAAAACAACUUACUUGCACCCUCCUCUCUGCUUUUGCUGAUGAGUGAGGAGAAUUGAAUGCCUUCUCACCAAAGAAUUCAUAGUACCUAAAGCUGCUAACUUUUACAGAUUCAUUGAAGGACGGCCUUUAAUAGAUAGCUAGGCCCUCUCCAUUAUUGUCACCAAUAUGAAAAACUAGGGAAGAAGUAUGUUUUCUCCCAAGAUUUUUAUUAUUUUUUCUUCUUUUUUGUUUUUGGUUUGUGAGGGAGGCUGAGUGAGUGCUUGGAAUUUGAGGGUUGCAGAUGUGAAAUUUGAGUGGAUGUUGUUGCUUCCUAGGCCAUUCAUUUAAAUCAUGAAUUCUUAAUCA